AUGGAGCCUGGUGGAUCGUUUCUGCCGUCGGACUGGGAAGAGCAGUGGAGACGAGAAAAGGAGAGGAAGAACAGCACCAUGAAAAAAGGGGGAGAGGAGAUAGAGAAGGACAAACAGGAGCUGAGGAGGAUUGUGGCCUACAACAAUGUGAAAAUGGGAUUGACCAGUGGGGCAGAGGGAAGAUGGGCGGAGUGUGGAGUUGGUCCAGAUGAUGAACUCCACACGUGUCGCUGUCGAAAUCAUCCUGAAGACCUUUUCCUUGUCCUGGAAAGCUUCAGGGAGUCCUCUCUUCUCACAGACCUGACGCUGACUCUUGAAAGCGGAAAUAGUUUCAACGUGCACUCUCUUCUGCUGGAGGCCGUCAGCCCUGUGAUCGCCGAGCGACUACGAGAAGCCAGAGUGCAGUCUCCAGCGUCCAGUCGCCACUGGACCAUUCUACUGGGGUCAGGAGUGGACCAUGUAGGUCUGCAGGGCGUCAUAGAGUUCGCCUACACAGGAAGAGUGCCCCCAAACAAGGAGCAGAUCCUCUCUGCAGCAUGUGCACUUGAGGUCCCUCGACUCCUAGAUAGCUGCAGCAAAAACGGACACCUGAAGGGAGGUGGUACUGAGAAGGUCCACAUGGAGGACACACUGAAGUCAAUCCAGGAACUCUGGGCCAACAGGACCGGAUGUGACGUGGUUUUGAACGUUGGCGGAUCCUCAUUCUAUGUCCACAGAGUCGUCCUGGCUGCCAGCAGCGACUACUUUCGUGGCAUGUUUACCAGCGGGAUGAAGGAAUCCGCUCAGAUGAGUGUCGACCUUCCCUUCCUGUCUCCUCCUGAGCUGGGAGCCCUCAUCUGCUGUUCCUAUAGCGGAUCCCUUCAGCUCAGCUGGGAUAGUGUCUUUGAGAUCAUCUGCAUGGCUCUUCAGCUUCAGUUCCAGCUUGCUAUCAAGGUCUGCCUUGACUUCAUGCAGAGAGAACUAAGUGCUGCUUCCUGCCUGGAUGUGAUGUCCUUUUGCGAAGCCUACGGCUUCUCAGAACUUCUUGAAGAAGCUCAUGACUACUUAGAGAGGAACUUUUGGGAGGUUUCGGCCACUGCUAAGUUUCUGGACCUGCCAGCUGAUAAGCUGCUGGAGAUCAUUUGCUCUGAUGGUCUUUGUGCUCCCUCUGAGUUGGCAGUGUUCCGGGCCGUGGUCUCCUGGGUGCAAGCGAAUCCCCAGGAAAGAUUUGAUAAAGUGAACCUUCUUAUGAAAGGAGUUCGCUUCGACCUGAUGACGUUCAGAGAGUUUCGCGAAGUACGUGCUAUCAACCUGCGAAUGGAGUGCUCUGGCUCCAAGGGCUUGGAACUGUACAGCUCUGCGCUCAAGGAAUUUGGCUUGAGCCCCCAAAAUACUCAACAAUUCAGGGUUAGACAUCCUAGGGAUGUUCUGGUCCUGGUGGGUGGAGAUCAGCUGAACCCAGACAUGGGCCAACGAAUACCAAGCAGAGAAAUGUGGUUUGCACACUCGCUCUGCAGUGGAACUGGGUUAGUGAGGGAGAUGGAGUGGCGGAGACUGGGGGAGAUUCCUGACCAGCCAAAGUUCCGGCACGGACUCGCAUCACUGAGGGGAAGUCUGUAUGUGAUCGGAGGAUGCUACUUCUACACUAAGAACGACAUGAUGAGCUCAUGUUUCAGCUUUGAUCCAGAACUAAACAGCUGGAGGAAGCUAGCCAGCAUGCAGGAAGUCAGAAGUAAUUUCACUGUGGUGGUACAUGGUGAACGUCUUUACGCAAUCGGUGGAGACAGAGAAAUCAAUACCAACAUAGACAGUGUAGAGAUGUACAACCCAGACUCUGACUCCUGGAGCUAUGUGCGGCCGCUGGACUGUGCUCUGAGCGGUCACGCGGCGACUGUAUUCAGCGGCGAAGUCUACAUCACUGGAGGUUUCAACUGCAAGUAUGUUUGUCAAGCAUCCAUAUUCACGUACCACCCAGACACUGGAUCAACCCACCUGCCAGACAUGACCCACGACCGUGCCCAGCACUGCAUGGAAGCCCUGCGGGGUCGCCUCUACGUAGCGGGCGGAGUUUGCAACCAAGGAACUUUCUACACAAAUCAACUCUCCUGUGAGAUGUACAACCCUGGAGCAAAAUCUUGGACGGUGUUCUCCUCACUUCCUGUUCCUCAUGUGGGCGCGGCCUCUGCUGUCCUGGAGGAAAUGAUCUACAUUUUGGGAGGGUACUGCCAGGAAGAUUACAGUGAGUCUGGGCUGGUGCACCGCUUCAACACCAGCUUGCAGAGAUGGGAGAACAUGGGCAGGGUGCCGGGCGCGGUCAGUGAUCUGCAGGCUUGUUUACUGAGGCUGCCUCAGAACUUGAGGCAGCGACUCAGCGUGUAA